UGAAGGCAGAGGGAACCUUUACAGCAACGCAGUCUUGUGUCAUAGAAACUUGAAUCUUAAUGAUCGUUAUUCUUUUUAGGUGCUACAUUCUCACGUUAUAUUUACUAUUCAACAUCCGUUGUUUGUGAAGGUAAUCGAUCAUCAUCUCGUCUCGCCUUAUUAAGCAAAGAUAAUUUGCAUUCUACAGAUUGCUCAAGUGUGUUGCUUUAAAGUUCCAAAUACAAUUAUUUGCUCAAGGCCCGCUGAAUGGGCAAAGUUCUGGAACCGAUUGCAAAUACGAGAUUAAAAAUUAAAGAUUUUUUUUUCUGUAUAUCUUAUUUCAGAAUAUAAUACAUAUACACAUACACCAUCAUAUAUAAUUCUUCUACAACAGCGAGGUCCAAAGUGAAAUAAACGCCGUAGAAUAUGCUUAUCCCAUGGCGUUUUUUGUUCCUGAUGUCAUCAGCCAUCGCCCACAAGGAAGGUUGUGAAAAAACAAAUUUAGUUAUGCCAAGUGUGAUCAGACUGCCAGGAUACCACAGCGAAUGGAGGGAAACGAUUGGUUUAAUCCCAAGCAAAAGCAUAUCAUGGGUAUUGUCGCUGACUAUAUUGUACUUCCAACGACCAAAUGCAACCAACAGCUCGAGUUCCAGCUUCAGUCAGUUGGCCAGUUUCACCAUCAAUCACACGAAAGACGAUCUUCAGGUGACUAUGGGAUCAGACUCCAACAAAACGAUGACUCUCUCGCCAAGUACAUUCAUGCCUGGAAGACUGAAUCGUCUACACAUCCAGGUUGACGACUUUGGUGUCCAUAUCAAAGUGUUGACAUCCCAGACCAUUACGCCAAGAUGGAUCAAGAGGUUUUCAGUUCUAGAUGCUGCCAGCUUUCACCGGGAGGACUUCGAGAUCUACAUCCAAGCUGAGAAUAUUGAAGGUGCAGACGAGUUCGAAUUAGUGUUUGGUUGUGGAAACAAACUUGCGUUGGGAGGAUAUUCAAUGUAUGGCAACUGCAUCUGCAAGUGCUCAGGACCUCCCCUCCAGUUAUCAAAAGGCUCCUUAGAGUCAUUCAAAGACAACUGUGCUUGUAAUCCAACAGUGUUUCCCGCGGCGGUGUUGAUCAUAACCUUGUGGUUAAUCCUCAUGGAAUUAGGUUUCUUUUGUGCCACGCUUGGAUUGGUGUACAGGGGGACUGUAAGCUUGUCAACAAGUUAUGAAUGAAAAAUGUUUCUCUCUGGCUCACUUUGGAAUAAUAUUUCAUUUUCGGCUUUUUUUCUUACUUUUAAAAUCUUCAACCCAUUUUUCCCUUUUCCCUCGUUCUUAUGCACCAUCGGCUUAGUCCAGAUGAGGGCGUUAAGCUGCCCAUCCCAACAGGACCCGCAUAAAAACCCCCUUUGAACGAAGAGAGCAUGGCAGUCUCGGAGAUCCUUAUGAAGAUGGAAAUGCCUAAAUGGCACUUUUCGUUUCUGCCACGUGAUCCUCUUCAUUGACACUUGCAUUGCUGUUUGGUUCUUUCAUGCCGUUCAUAUACUGAGUUGCAGAUUACGCAAGAAAAUGAUAACAUUAAAACAAAAUCUGGUUCCAAGACAAUUCGUAACAACGUCGACAGCAGCUUACACAACGACAAUACCAUACAAACAUAAACUGUACCUAAUUGCGAAAGAUCUUUUGUUCAUGAGUUUUUUUUUCAAUUGCUUCAAAACAAAUCCAAUCACUUGCUGUGAUUAUUUAAUGUCUUGAGCAUUAACUAAUUCUUUUUGUUUGUCUAUCUCAGUGGUUCCCAAACUGGGGGAAAUUUCCCCCUGGGAGGAAAUUUUAAGCUACCAGAGGGGAAAUAAUUACACUACCUACUAACUAAAAAAAAUCUGAGAUGGAUUUUCUCAUGUCUGUGAGAGAGAGAGAGAGAGAGAGAGAGAGAGAGAGAGAGAGAGAGAGAGAGAGAGAGAGAAAUGGCUAUGCGGUUAGUUGUUACUAACCGCUCUCUAUCCACUUUACUCUGUAACUAUAUGUUUAUCAGUAUAUUUGUACAUUUGAAAAAUAAAUUAGUAAAUAGUCACAGUGUGUUUUAACUCAUCUUUCCUUCAUACACAUGAAGAGGGAUGGUUGAACUGGGUGAAGGGGGAAAUGACAGAAAAAAGUUUGGGAACCACAAAGAGAGUUGACUCUAGUCAUUACUAAAAUAAACAGAUAAAACUAUUUCUUUCGUUAAAUAAUUUUUAGAGUUUGUUCAAUUCAGUUUAGCAGCUAAUUACUGAAUGACUUGCCAUUUUAUUCAUUAUGUGCUUAGUCAGUUUUAUUCUCCACUUCAUUGCUAAUUUCCUUCCUUUUUUCACAUUUAGGUAUCCUGUCUGUGAAAGCUGCUUACUAUAACAAAGUUCU